AUGUGUCCUGGACAGAUGACAACCUUCGCACAGCCAGUGCGGGGGGCUGGCACAGGACGCACUGGGCUGUGGAGGCGCACUGGAGACAUGGUGCGUAGAACUUGCACAGGACGCGACAACCAUGUGCAUUCUAGUUUUAUUUACAGGAGAUUGCGUAACCAUGAACGGAGAGAGAUUCAGAGAGAGAUUCUCUCUAUUUUGGGUUUACCACAUCGUCCAAGGCCCUUUUCUCCAGGAAAACAAGCAUCUUCAGCACCCCUGUUCAUGCUUGACCUGUACAAUGCCAUGACUACUGAGGAAGAAGAAGGGUUGAGAACACAAGAGGGAAACUCUCGUGUUUCGCAACCUUACCGCGCGGCUCCUCUGACGAGCCAAAGCCCUCCACUCACUACAUCUCACGACACCAACUUUCUAAACGAUGCUGAUAUGGUUAUGAGCUUUGUCAACUUAGUGGAGAAAGACAAAGAUUUCUCCCAUCAGCGAAGACACUACAAGGAGUUCCGUUUUGACUUGACUCAGAUCCCGGAGGGGGAGGCGGUGACUGCUGCUGAGUUUCGGAUCUACAAAGAUGGCAGUCCUCCGCGCUAUGAGAACAUUACCCUGAAGGUCACCAUCCACCAGGUCAUCAAGGAAUAUCAAAACAAGGAUGCAGAGACGUUCUUGUUGGAUUCCAAAAAGAUCAAGGCCUCUGAUGGGGGCUGGCUGGUCUUUGAUAUCACAGCUACCAGUAACCACUGGGUGCUGAACCCACUGCAGAACAUGGGUCUGCAGCUCUCUGUUGAAACUAUGGAUGGACGGAGUAUCAACAUGAAGUCUGCUGGCAUCGUUGGUAGGAAUGGACCACAAUCCAAACAGCCGUUCCUAGUCUCAUUCUUCAAGGCCAGUGAGGUAUUGUUGCGCUCUGUCAGGGCCGCUGGUGGAAAGAAAAAUAAUCACAAUCGCAACAAAUCAGGUGGUCAACAGGAAUCAUCACAGGCACCGAAAAGUGGAGAUCAUAACACCAGUGAACAGAAACAAGCCUGCAAGAAGCAUGAACUUUACGUCAGCUUCCGAGACUUAGGGUGGCAGGACUGGAUUAUUGCACCUGAAGGCUAUGCUGCUUUUUACUGCGAUGGGGAAUGUUCUUUUCCACUCAAUGCGCAUAUGAAUGCGACAAAUCACGCCAUUGUGCAAACCCUGGUCCAUCUGAUGUUCCCUGACAAUGUGCCAAAGCCAUGUUGUGCACCGACCAAGCUGAACGCUAUAUCUGUGCUUUACUUUGAUGACAGCUCAAAUGUCAUCCUCAAGAAAUACAGAAACAUGGUCGUCAGGUCAUGUGGUUGCCAUUAA